GUCGUCGUCGUCGAGAAAGACGUCGGCCUGUCGCCGCGCCUCAUCUUAUCGUCGUAUUUUCAGUUCCGACCUAACGCGCCGGCAACUGGUCUAACGCAAAUCCUGGGGAACGGAAAGGAAAGGAAAGGAAAGGAAAGGAAAAACAAAAAAAAAACGCGCGUGCUCUAGGACAAAAGUUCCUCUUGCGUCGACUCCUUCGGCAUUGCCGAAGUGACGUGAGGUUUUUCAGGUCGACCGGAGGAGUGGGAAAGAGAGAGCACGCGGUAGCGCAACAGUGUCCAACGACCUUUCCCGAGGAAGCAUCGUUUGUUCUUAGAGAUAGUUUUGUCGUUUCUUAAUCGAGUCCGAGAUUAUAAUAUAAGCAAUGAAUCAAAGAACAGAAGAAUAAGAAUAAGCUGGACAAAGGAGAUAAGAGAGACGGAGAAAGAAGGAUUGCACUUUUUGCUGGUUUUUAGUAGUUGUCCGGGUUGACGAGGUGUGGUGCUUCGUGCUUUCAAAGGGGGAGGAGCGACAGAGAGAAAACAGAGAAGUUUAGAGUUAGAACGAGCUUAGUUAGGUGAGAGAGAAAGAGAGAUAAGGUGUUUAAACAAAUGUGGUGUGGAGAAAGGUGGAUUCAAUAAAUAAAAAGAAUAAAUACGAAGAGAGAGAAGGAGAGAUGCGAAAGAAAGAGAAUAUAUGAUGGAAUUAGAUAGCUGUUGUUAGUUAAGUGAGAAGAAAGAGAAAGGGUUGUGGCCGGUGUUGUCGCAAGUGCGUGUCGAGGAACCCGGAGUACGGGGUUAGAACCGAUGUGGAUUUCGAAAAGAAUCAUCAACGAGUUGGAGAAUCGUGGCAUCGCCGGUGGUCGGACGUGUUCGUGGCGUACCGAGUGCCACAGAGGAUGAAGAAGAAGUAUAAAAAUAACUGUCCCUGAGAGAGGAUGAGCAGAAAUGCACAGCUGACCGGAUCACCCCGUGAAACGGGACAGUUCCUUUUCGUCUUACCGAUAUUAUAUUCUCGUAUUUCGAUCAUCAUCUAUCGAUCUUGCUUUUAUAAUAUCGCGCCUGACAUAUUAUAAUAAUACAAUUAAAACAUCUACAAAUGCAAAUAUUACUACAACAACAAGAUACACAUAUAUAGGACAUACGUAUAGAGAGACUCGCGCGCAUCCAACCAAUCACCACGUGCCUUUCUCGUCGUAAUCGUGGACGUUAACCUGGACCAUCGAGUCGUUACCCUCCCUUUUUCUUACUAAGAAAAAUCAUUUGAAUCUAUAUAUCCUUUGGAUUUUUUCUCUAUAUAUAUUAGAAUGACUAAAAGAACAGAAGAAUACUACUUUCAACAUUAUCUAAUAAGAAUUAAUCAACAAACGAACAAACAAACGAUAUUGCUAAAAUAGUUAAAAAAAAAAAAAGAAAAAAGAUUUAAACAAGAAACAAUAAAAAAAAGAAAGAACAGUUUGACAAAUAAACGUGUUCCGUGUAAAAAAAGCUUAGUCCGAAUAUCGUGGAAAUGUCCGAACGAUGCGUUUCUAUUUCGAAACUAUUAAAACGUGUGUCUUCGUAUCGGCAAAAGACUAAGGUCAAGCCGACGAAGUUGAUUAUCACCAAGAGGUAUCAUCCUCUCGUAUUAUUUUUCACGAAUAAUCGAAAAGAAAAAGAUUAUCAUUUUGAAUAUUUUCAUAGUCGUACGAGAGGUAUUCCUCGAGACGACUGCGUUUUGAUGUUUAUCUGUUAAGUAUCGAAAAAGCAGAAAAAAAAAUGAUCGUACUUUCAAUAUUCGAAUCAUGAAGAUAAUUCCAAAAAAGAUUGCGUGUGUCACGCGUGAAGUGGGAAUCGAAUAGAAAAGAAGAAAAAAAUUCUUAUCUAAUUAUUAUUAUCAUCGUCAAUAAUAAUCCAGAAAAAGAAUAAUACCUUCCGUCGAAAUAUUCGUGAAAUUUCAAAACAAACUAACAGGAGGAGUGGUGGUGGGUUUAAAUUAUAAAUAUAAAAUAUGUUGUUUUCUCACUGACAAAAUAUUAUAAACGCACGUUGAAUCAACCAAUCAACCAACCAACCAACAGACGAGAACGCGACCUUGUCCGAGAGAGUGUCCUUGUUUUGAAGGAAGGAUCAUAAGUCAGGAAAGACGUUUUAGUAAGCAGCAAGAAGAAGGUAGUGUGUGCGACCUUUGGUAUAUCUAAAUAACAGAAAUAGUGGAAGCUAAUCCGAUCGAAGUUGUUGGGUCGAAGUUGAUAUCGAGGAGUCUUGAGAAAAAUUAAAGAGAAGUUCGAUUUAAAACUUAAUCGACUUGAUUUCAAUUCGUUUUACUUUUUAUCAUCAAAGUUUCCUCAAAAAGGGGAGAAUCUUUUUCUUCUUCUUCUUCCCCUUGUCUCUCGUUCGUGAGUGUGCUGCUGAAUGUUUUUUUGUUGUUGUUUCUGGCCAAUUUUGUUUUUAUUUUUGUUUAGUGUUCAUAGUGUUUUCACUUCAUCACGCGUGCACGCAGUUAUUGUUACGUUCCUAGUUCGACGAUAGUUUAUUUAAUUAUCGUGAACGAAGAGGCCUGAUUAGUCUCAAGAAAAACAAAGAAGAAGAAGAAGAAGAAGAAGAAGAAGAAGAAGAAGAAGAAGAAGAGAAACAAAAAAAACGCCGAACGUUUUCGUCCACCCAGGAUAACUGGGAAUUCAUCCUGAGAUGCCUGUUAGACGAGGUCACGUGGCGCCCAGGACAACGAUCAUCGAGACCAUCAUUAGGAAGUUUGAUACUCACGAUCGAAGUUUUUUAGUGGCAAACGCUCAGCAAGGACUAUGCCACAUAAUCUAUUGCUCGGACGGUUUUUGCCGGCUGACAGGUUUUUCCAGGGCGGAAGUGAUGCAAAGACCGGCGGUCUGCGAAUUCCUUCACGGACCGAUGACGUCUCCGCAUGCGGUCGCAGCAUUACGGGACGCACUCGUUGCGGGUGUCGAAAAACAUUUCGAGAUACUCUAUUACAGAAAAGACGGAACCAAAUUCCUAUGCAGCGAGGUGAUAGCAUUGAUAAGGAGCGAGGUGGACGAUAUUUGUCUACAAAUUAUAAAUUUCGAGGAUCUGAGUUCUCAACCACCACCCCAAGCUGCGAUUCCACCACCGAGCCAAGCAAACAACAGGCUUGUCACACGUUUCGACAGGGCAAGGGCGUCAUUUCGUGCUGGGCUGUCAAGAACCGGUGUCGUUGGUCCACCGAGGGUCAGAAAUCGGCCAAGAACACAAAGCAACUUGCCACAUCGUCUCGCAGAUGGGACCAUUCUCGACGAGGAUGCCUCUGAGAACUGUCCACUAACAUGUGGUUCACCAACUAUGAUGGAAUCUUGGGGUCCAGGGAGGAUAGGUACCCCACCACCCUCAUUACCAGUACCACCAGCUGGGACCAAUGGUGCUGGUGUUGUUGGUGUUGGCGGUGGUGCAACAUCAAUGACAAGUGCAAAUGUUGUACAACCAAAUACUACAGCCCCUAUUGCAAGUCCCGAGGGUGUAAGCGAUGUAUCCCAGAAAUCUGGAAUAUGGGAGGGUCCGAAUUCAUCGAAUGGUGGUGGUGGUGGUGUUGGUGGUGGUGGUGGUGGUGGUGGUGGUACUGCAACGGAAGGUGGACCAUCUCGAAGUGUUUCUCACGCUGCAAGUUUAGAUGCAAUUUCGAGAAAGGCCAUAAAACCGGAUACGACCAGGCCGCCAUGUCGCAGUCUCACCUGCAGCGUUUUAGCGGGCAGAGGUUGCGAACAAGUCACCCUCGAGAGAAGGCCAGCAACAGUCGAUAAUCUCACCGAAGCAGCGAAACAUUCGAAAAUCUUCCCUGGUGUUGCAUCGGAAAGCGAUUUACAAAAAUGGAGAACAUCAAAGGAUCGAAAAUCACCUUCUUUAAGUCAAAUGGGACCGGAUUCUAUCAAACACAAAUUCUCUCUGCAGGACAACGGCUCGGCGAAAUAUUUUCAAGGAGCAAUGCACACGCCAAAUAUGGGUGAAAAAGUAGCACAGGUGUUGUCCCUCGGCGCGGACGUCCUUCCCGAGUACAAACUACAAUCACCUAGAAUCCACAAGUGGACCAUAUUACAUUAUUCUCCCUUCAAAGCGGUCUGGGAUUGGGUGAUAUUACUUCUUGUAAUGUAUACAGCCAUAUUUACACCAUACGUUGCCGCAUUUGUGCUGUCCGAGCCGGAUUACAACAGCAAGAAGAAUAAAAAAUACGGUGACGAUCCCAUCGUCAUCAUAGACUUUAUAGUCGAUGUAACAUUCAUCGUGGAUAUCAUCAUCAAUUUUCGCACGACAUUUGUCAACAAUAACGAUGAGGUGGUGUCGCAUCCUGUAAAGAUAGCCGUCCAUUACUUGAAGGGUUGGUUCAUCAUCGACUUGGUGGCCGCAAUACCCUUCGACCUUCUACUAGUUGGCUCCGAUACGGAUGAGCUCGGCUUGGACAAGGACGAGACGACGACCUUGAUUGGACUACUGAAGACUGCCCGUCUUCUACGAUUGGUCAGGGUGGCUAGAAAAAUCGACAGAUACAGCGAAUAUGGGGCAGCGGUUUUGCUCCUAUUAAUGGCCAGUUUUGCUCUAAUUGCUCAUUGGAUGGCAUGCAUUUGGUAUGCAAUAGGAAAUGCUGAGAGGCCAACAUUAAAGAGUAAAGUUGGUUGGUUGGAUAUUUUAGCCAAUGACACGCAUCAAUUUUAUUCACACAAUAAUACCGGUGGACCGAGUAUAAAGAGUCGUUAUAUCACAGCAUUGUAUUUCACAUUCAGCAGCUUAACGUCCGUCGGUUUUGGUAACGUUGCACCCAACACGGAUGCCGAAAAAAUAUUUACUAUUAUCGUUAUGCUGAUAGGAUCAUUAAUGUACGCCAGUAUAUUUGGUAACGUAUCGGCAAUAAUUCAAAGAUUGUACAGCGGUACAGCGAGAUAUCAUACGCAAAUGUUGCGAGUUCGUGAAUUUAUAAGAUUCCAUCAAAUACCUAAUCCACUUAGGCAACGUUUGGAAGAAUAUUUUCAGCAUGCAUGGACAUAUACGAAUGGUAUCGAUAUGAACAGCGUACUCAAAGGAUUUCCCGAGUGCCUUCAGGCUGACAUUUGUCUUCAUCUUAAUAGAAAUUUGUUAAACAAUUGUAGAGCCUUCGAGGGAGCUAGUCCAGGUUGUUUGAGAGCGUUAUCGUUAAAAUUUAAAACAACUCAUGCACCACCUGGGGAUACGUUGGUACAUCGUGGAGACGUAUUGACAUCAUUAUAUUUCAUAUCACGUGGAAGUAUCGAAAUAUUGAAAGACGAUAUUGUAAUGGCAAUAUUAGGAAAGGACGAUAUAUUCGGUGAAAAUCCAUGCAUAUAUCCGACAGUAGGCAAAUCGUCAUGCAACGUACGUGCAUUGACCUAUUGCGAUCUUCAUAAGAUACACAGGGAUGAUUUGCUCGACGUAUUGGCACUUUAUCCCGAAUUUUCUAAUCACUUCAGUCAAAAUUUAGAAAUAACUUUCAAUAUGAGAGAUGAAGAACAAGCAGGAGUUGAUCCAAUGUCAGCAAGGUUUCCUGUAAGUACUCCAACAGACGUCGAAGUUGACGCCAGGAGAUUUGCCUUCCGUCCACCAAGAUACCGUCGAGGACCUGGAGGAGGUCCUGGCACAAAUCUUAUACCUACAGGUCGACAAGAUUCCUUGCAAGACGAACAAGAAGACUAUGAUAAGAGUAGUGGUCACGGUAUACUUGAAUUUAGUACCGACAAAGCUGGACAAGACGUGACACCAUUAAAUUUGGAAUUCGAUGAACCGAAACAAAGAAGUUCGACAUUGAAUUCAAUUACCGGCAUGCUAACCCAUCUCAAGCGCAGUAUUCCGGACCUACGUCAGCACAAGAUUCAUCUGCAGCCUCUAACGAGUCAUGAUUACCUCGCCAAACAGAUGACAACGCCAUUGACAAAACCAGCACGUAGAAGUUCGGCCACUGGUGAAAGUUGCCUAAGUCAAAAUGUCAUUCAUCCAACUUCAACAACAUCCAGUCAUUAUACAACACCAUCUCCACCACAACAUCCACAUUCUCAUGGUGAUUUUCAAAGUGGUCCAGGACGACCAAUAGAAGAAAUAAAUGCUAGGAUAGAUCAAUUAUCAAGACAAGUAACAUCAUUGGAAACUUCAAUGACAGGAGACAUCAGAUUGAUAUUAACAUUGUUACAACAAACCCUUAAUUCAUCAAGGGAAAGUUCUAGCAUUGAAAUGAUGCCUGGUACUGCACCUGCAGGUUCAGCAAGACAAACUGGUAGGCCACCUGCACUCGUUCAAAGAUCAGCAAGUGAACCACAACCACCAACGACACCAGCUAUUUCUAAUAAUGGAAAUGGAAAGAUUCAACCUAGCACUUCGCAUGGUUUGUUUAGCUUUCUUUCGAAAUCCCUGGAUCAGUUGCAUUUGAUUUCGGCGUCUUUUAUUUUGGAUAAAUUGGACAAGUUCCGAAGUUCUAGCGUUUCACGAAGGAUUUCGACAUUUUGGAUUUGGAGAAACAAGCAACGUAUCUUAAAAACUGCCGAUGGUGUAGGAGACUUUCGACGCGGAAAACUUGUUAGACCACCAACAAGGGAACCAACGUCUACGUCAUCAGGUACAUCGAGACUUACUAUGACUUCUGAUACGUCGGCCUUGGCUACGGCCCUUCAGGCGGCCUUGAACGGAAGAACGGCACCAACCAGAUCACAAAGUCAACCGGUUGACUUGGCCGUACCUACGACCACCCAACAAACUCAUCAACCACACGCUUGGCAUAGUCAGCCUGCGGCAUUCAGAAGAGGUGAAUUUAGAAGCGGUAGGUACAGUUCGUUCAACAAAAGAUCCGAACCUGAAGGUGAAGAUCCAUGGACUUGCGUUGUAUCUGUGCCAGAAACAAGAGGAACAACACAAAGACCACGUAGCGGUGAUUCUCGUAAAGAUUCAUCAUCAAAUCAUCGUUGUCACGAUCAACAACAACAACAACAACAACAACAACAACGUGGAACAGAUAAUGGUGGUGGUGGUAGUGGUAGACAUGGUACAACAUUGACAGGAGGAUUAACAACUACGACAACUACGACAACAACUUCAACUGGUCAACAACUAAAUACGAGUAGUAGUAGUAGUAGUGGUGCUGGUGUAGGUGGUGUUGGACAAGAUGUUGGUGUAGUUGUUGUCCAAUCGUUGGGUGCUAGUGGUGCUGGUGGUAAUAGUAAUAAUCAACGUCAAGAAUCUUCUAGGCAAACUAGCGAAGACAUGUCAUGGGAAUUUACGAUAAAUGAAGCACCAAUAGCAAGACUCGAAUCAUUGGACGAAUUAGAUCAAGAUCAUGGUAGUUAAAAGACAAUUCAUUAAACAAAAACAACAACAACACAAAAAAUAACAAAAGGAAAUUUUUAAUCAUACGAAAUUAACGAUAAAAAAAAAAAAUCAACAACAAGGAAUAAAAAUAUGAUUACACCAUUAACGUGCUUGUUGGGUGGGUUUAAAUUGAAGUUUGCUCAAACUUCCCCCACCUAGAGAAAAAAAAACAAAAGAGAAAGAGAGACAUAGAGACAUAGAGAGAGAGAGAGAGAGAGAGAGAGAGAGAGAGAGAGAGAGAGAGAGAUAAUUGCUGUGAGUUCGUUUGCUAACUCUCGUUUCCGGUUUCGUUUAUUUUUUUGGUUUUGUUUAUUUUGUAAUUUAUUUUGUCUCCCCACUUACACUCACCCCCCCCUACCCAAGCCGGUUAAUGAAUGACAGUGGAGGGUAAUAAAAAGGGAAAUAUAUUUAGUGUAUAAUUGAUAAUAGAAAAUUAGUAGGUUGCUGCUGGUCUUUAGGGUUGUUUUUUUGUGUCUUGAAAAAAAAAACAAGAGGAAGAAAAAAAAAUGCUUAAUAUUUAAUCCCUGUGCUCUCGUCCUCUCCUCCUUGAUUUUAAAUAUCUUUAUAUUAAAUAAUUAAUAAUUAUUGUUAUUCAAAAGGGUUAUUUAAUUUUUUCUUUUGUUAAAAGUUUACUUUGAGAUUUUUUUGGGGGAUUCAUAUUUGAACCAUAAAAUGAAGUAUCUACAUAUAUAUAUAUAUAUAAAAUAAAAACAAAGCUUUUGCCAUAUCACAAUCUUCACACACGUUUCAAUGCCAAGAAUUGAAGAAACCAUACAGGACUCGGAUAUAUUAGUAUGCAUAUAUAUAUAUAUAUAUUAUAUUUAUUAACAUAUGUUCAAAAGAGAGAGAAAGAAAUGGAGACAGAAGAAGAGAGAGAGAGAGAGAGAGAGAGAGAGAGAGAAAGAAAAUGAUUCAAAUGGAAAAGAAUGGGAAAGAAACUGAUUGACGAGCACGUUUUAUUCUAAUCGAUGAAAAAUAAAAUGAACAAGUAAAAAAAUGGGAAGAAUUUCAUAAAGGAACAAAAAACCUUGCCAAGGAAUAGAAAAAUAAAAAGAAGAAGAAGAAGAAUGAUAACAAAAGGGAUGAUGAUAAAUUGUAGUAAACACGAACAUAAAUUACGCCAAACAAAAACAAAAAAGUAAAGUAAAGUAAAGUAAAAUUAAAAUAAAAUAAAAUAAAAUAAAAUAAAAUAAAAUAAAAUAAAAUAAAAUAAAAUGAAUUUUACGUCCUUCGAAGUGAACGAAGUUAACGAAAAGAAGAAGAAGAAGAAGAAAAAGAAGAAGAAGGAAAAAAAAACGAAACCAAUUGUCAAUAAUUAUACACACGUGAGCACGUAUUUGCUUACUUUAAAAAAAA